AUGACCACUAAUACUCUUGGUGGUGCAAGAUAUUUUGUUACCUUCAUUGACGAUCAUUCUAGGAAGGUAUGGGCUUACGCACUUAGAACAAAAGAUCAAGUGUAUGAAGUUUUCAAACAGUUUCAUGCUAGCGUUGAACGAGAGACUAGUAGGAGCUUGAAAUGUAUUCGCACCGAUAACGGAGGAGAAUAUAUGGGGGCGUUUAGAAACUACUGUAGAAGUAAUGGAAUCAGGCAUGAACGAUCUAUUCCGAAGACUCCUCAGCAUAAUGGCAUAGCUGAGAGAAUGAACAGAACAAUUGUUGAAAGAAUAAGAACAAUGUUAUCUCAUGCCAAGCUACCCAAAAGCUUUUGGGGUGAAGCCCUGAUGACUGCAGUUGAUCUAAUCAACCUUUCUCCUUCAGCACCUUUGAAUGGUGAUGUCCCAAACAAGUUCUGGUCAGGAAAAGACGUUUCCUACAAUCAUUUAAAAGUUUUUGGUUGUAGAGCUUUUGUUCAUAUUCCUAAAGACGAGAGAUUCAAGCUCGACGCGAAGUCGAAAGAAUGUAUCUUCGUGGGAUAUGGGAAUGAAGAAUUCGGUUAUAGGUUAUGGGAUCCUGUAGCUAGAAAGAUUAUUAGAAGUAGAGAUGUUGUCUUCUUUGAAGAUCAGAACAUUGAAGAUAAGAACAUUGAAGACAUUCGAAGAGGUGAUAAACCUGAUAGUCCUAGAGAAUAUCCAGCUAACUUGGAUCCAGUUCCUCCUCCAUUGGAGCACAAUGACGAGCGAGAUGAAUCCAAUGAUACUGAUGAUCCAGCUAGUGAUCCUAUUAUAAAUGAACCAGUUGAUGAUGACACGAGUGAUGAUCAUAUAACUGAUGGUAUAGUAGAUGAUGUAGCUGAUGAGGGGCUAGAAGCACAAGCCCAUGAAGGGCCAGUGGCCGAAUUCCAACCAAGAAGAUCGACCAGGGUACGGAGACCUCCGAGUAGGUAUUCUCCAGAUGAUUAUGUUCUCCUAACAGACGGGGGAGAACCAGAAUGCUAUGAAGAAGCAUUGACUCAUGAUCAACAAGAUGAGUGGUUGAAAGCCAUGCAUGAAGAGAUGCAAUCUCUGCAUGAGAACCACACAUAUAAUCUAGUGAACCUACCAAAAGGUAGAAGAGCACUCAAGAACAAAUGGGUGUAUCGACUGAAGACGGAAGAAAAUAACUCUAAGCCAAGGUUUAAGGCAAGGCUAGUUGUGAAAGGUUUCAGUCAGAAGAAAGGAAUUGACUUUGAAGAGAUUUUCUCACCUGUAGUGAAGAUGUCAUCCAUACGGGUUGUACUCGGUUUGGCUGCAAGCCUGAAUCUCGAGAUCGAACAACUAGAUGUGAAGACAGCUUUUCUUCACGGAGAUCUUGAAGAAGAAAUCUACAUGGAGCAGCCAGAAGGAUUUAAAGUCAAAGGAAAAGAAGAUUUGGUAUGUCGGCUAAAUAAGAGCUUAUAUGGACUCAAGCAGGCUCCUCGACAAUGGUACAAGAAGUUUGAUUCCUUCAUGAUUGAACACAGAUAUCGAAGGACUACUUCAGACCAUUGUGUAUUUGUGAAAAGAUUUGAUGAUGGUGAAUUCAUCAUACUUCUUCUCUAUGUCGAUGACAUGUUGAUCGUAGGACAAAACAGUGACAAGAUUAGCAAGCUGAAGAAAGAGUUGAGCAAGUCUUUUGCUAUGAAAGACUUAGGACCCGCAAAACGAAUCCUCGGUAUGAGUAUAUCCCGUGAUAGAAAAAAUCAGAAGUUGAGGUUAUCACAAGAAAGUUAUAUCGAGAAGGUACUAAAGCGGUUUAACAUGGAUAAAGCAAAACCAGUUUCUACUCCAUUUCCUAGUCACUUCAAGCUUAGUUCAAAACAGAGUCCCACAUGUGAGAAAGAAAAAGAAAACAUGGCUAUGGUGCCAUAUUCCUCAGCUGUUGGUAGUAUAAUGUAUGCAAUGAUUUGCACGAGGCCAGACAUAACGCACGCAGUUGGCGUUGUAAGCAGAUUCCUAUCUAAACCAGGCAGAGAGCAUUGGAAUGCAGUGAAAUGGAUUCUCAGAUAUCUUCGGGGUACCUCCAAAAUGAGUUUAUGCUUUGGAGGUGGAAAACCUGAAUUGAUUGGCUACACAGAUGCAGACAUGGCAGGAGAUCUUGAUUCCAGAAAAUCUACUUCAGGAUACCUGAUUACAUUUUCAAGGGGAGCAGUUUCGUGGCAAUCAAAGUUACAGAAAUGUGUUGCUCUAUCAACUACAGAGGCAGAGUUUAUUGCAGCUACUGAAGCAUGCAAAGAAAUGCUCUGGAUGAAGCGAUUCCUACAAGAACUAGGACAAGAGCAGCAUAAAUACAUUUUGCAUUGUGAUAGUCAGAGUGCGAUCCACUUAAGCAAGAAUCCGAGUUUUCACUCAAGGUCGAAGCACAUUGAUGUGCGAUAUCACUGGAUACGUGAUGUGUUGGAGUCAAAGCAAUUACAGCUUGAGAAAAUCCAUACUGAUGACAAUAGUUCAGAUAUGAUGACCAAGUCCUUACCUAAGGACAAGUACGAAUUUUGCAGAAGAGCAGCUAGACUGCUGGAGCCCUCCACCUAA